ACCACUACGAGCGUCAGGCGGCGCAGCGCGGUGGCUUCACGACGGGCCGCCGUACGCCAAGAGUAGCACAGUCUUGUGCUGGUGUGUUGCAAUGGUGCCCCUGCGCGCCGACGCCGUCGACGCCCCCAAGGCUGAAGCCGACGCCCUCUCCGACAGCCUCGAGUGCGUCUCGCUCGACGCGCCGGCUGUCGUCGACAUGCCGCUCGAGCUGCUCGACCUCAUCGUCCUGGCGGGCGGUUGGCGCGGCUGGUUCACGUGGAGAGCUGUCAGCCGGCGAUGGUCGGAGCUCCCGGAGCCCUUCCGCCGGCACGUGUGCGUCGUGCCGGACGAUCAGGAGACCAUCGUGCGCGGCAUCAGCAACGCUCCCGCCAACGAGGGCUGCGGUAGGCCGGUGGUGCUCGUGCGUCCCGGUACCUACGCGGAGAGCGUGCGCGUGCUCCGUGACGUGACGCUCGUGGGCUUGGGCGAGGUGGUCGUGCGCGCGCCAGGAUGGGAGAGCGCGCUCGUCUGGGGCGGCUACACGGUGCGCGGCGUCAAGUUGUUCGACCAGUGUGAGCUGCAGUCGUCCAACGCGGGCGCUGGGGCACGCGUGCACAACCAGCGCAACCAAUCUCAGGCGACGGCCGUCUAUUGCACGUGGGGCACACCACUGUUGACUCACUGCCGCAUCGAGGGCACCGUUCACGUCGCUGGACGAGGCGCGGC